AUGUCCUCCGUCAUGUACUCCGAUAACGGCACGACAUUCGUCGGCGCCGACAAAGAACUAAACCAGGCGUACCGCGCUGCCAUUACCGAUCUUAACCUUCUCAAUAAAAUUGCGAUUACCAAAGUCGAAUGGAAAUAUAUUCUUCCACAUGCUCCUCACUUCGGAGGAUUAUGGGAGGCCGGCGUACGAAGCGUAAAGUACCAUCUCCACCGCUUAAUCGGAGCUCACACUCUGACGUUUGAAGAGUUUACCACCCUUCUGUGUCGGGUGAAGGCCUGCCUUAAUUCGCGGCACCUGGGGCCUAUUAGGGACACUGUUGACGACUAUGAAACAUUGAUUCCGGGCCAUUUCUUAAUCGGUUCCGCUCUCAACGCGAUUCCUGAGCCGUCGGUCCUGUCAAUCUCGGAAAGUCGACUGUCUCGUUGGCAAUUAAUUCGUCAACUAACAGAAAGAUUUUGGAGGAUCUGGCAGACGGACUACGUCAAUACCUUGCAGCAAAAGGGUAAAUGGAGAAAACAACAACCGUCGAUUGACAUAGGAGCGAUGGUUCUACUUAAAAAUGAUUUCUUGCCUCCCUGCAAAUGGGAACUGGACAGGGUCAUUUAA